CUUGUCGUCUGCAGCUGUAGCAGAAAGCUGUCUUCGGAGGUGUUGAUGUUAUUUAUCUUCGCCAGCACAGGAUCGGAGCAAGAAAUCAACAGUUUGGUUCUCUUAGUUACUGCAUGCACGUAAUUUAGAACCACAACACCUAAAAGUGGCUCCAACGUCUCUUUCAAUGGAGAAAUUCGCGUCAAAGCCAGCCAUACGUGACAGCUUUGACGAAGAGGAUGCCAGUGACGAUGUCGACGAUGAAGUAUUCAUUCGCGACGGACGAAAUGGCUACAAAAUAGACGAGGAAUGCGGUGUGAAGAAACCUCUCAUGCCUCUGCGGAGGAGGCCAAAGCCAAAACACACAAAGUUUGUGUCCAACUCCAUUCAAGAACCAAGGAGGAGGCUAAGGAUGCUUUUAGCUCCCUGUUGCUAUGGUGUCGCGGCGCUGUCAGUACUUCUAGGACUUAUGGCUCUUUCUGUUGUUGUCAUCAACUACUUUUCUCUACCUCUGAGUCGAAUACAACUCUGGUUUGGAAACAAUAGUCAGCCGUCAGUUAAAAAACUUACCCCUUGCACCGAGUUUGCUAUCUCAGAUGUUUGGGUGCAAUCUUUUCCCAAGCUAACAUCUGAGACAGCUGUUAGACUGAAUGAUGUAAACCAUGACGGUGUUUUAGAUAUCAUUCUUGGAUACGGGACAGGUACUGACGGAAGAAAUGUGCCAGACUUUGUAUGUAUGCUAUACUUCAGGCGUGAACCACCUUGCCUAGGAGGUAUUGUUGCUCUUGAUGGCAAAAAUGGAGAAGUUGUGUGGCAACACUGGGCACGGCGUCCCAUUUUCUCAGUUGAUUGCAGUGCUGAUCUCACUGGAGAUGGAGUCAAUGAUUGUCUUAUUGGAGGAAAAGGCGGUCUGCUUCAUGUUGUGAAUGGUCAUGAUGGAAGCUUACUUUGGCACCUUGAGGAGCAGCUUGAGCGCCAGCCAUCUGAAGUGGCCCUUGAUGUGUAUUCUGCUCAAUAUAUUCCAGAUAUUGACAAUGACGGUUUCAUUGAUGUUAUUUCUGCUCAUACUGUGUCUGAUAUAUCAGGCAACACUGUCAAGGGCCAUCUCAUCAUCAUAAGUGGUAAAGUAGGAAGGAUUUUACGCAUGAUUGAAAUGCCUGGAGGAUCUGAAAGCUACUACGCCCCACAGUUGCUUGUCCAACCUGAUGGAAAAACUAUUGUUCUUAUUGGUACUGGUGGCACAGCUAGCCACUCAUGGGGAGGCUUGCAUGCUCUCUCUCUUAACCAAUUGGCAGGAACAGAUAAGAUUCCAUUCCAAACCCUGGUUACUAGUGACUCUCGUGGAGUGAUGUCCCCACCAGCACUUGUUGACAUCAACCAAGACGGUACUGAAGAUAUAGUGGUUUCUCUCUUCAAUUCUACUGUAGUAGCUGUUGAUGGGAAAACAUUUAACACUUUGUGGAAUUACACAUUUCCUGACUCCCAAACUUUGAGCUCUCCUACACCAGGGUAUUUUAAUGAUGACGAAGUGCCAGAUUUUCUUAUAAAGUAUCAAACAGGCCCUGACUUUCCUGUUUACUUCUAUUCCCAGAUGAAUGUACUUGAUGGGAAAACAGGUUUGCCCUUGCUUGAUCACCCUGUCAUUGAUUCAGUUGGGUCCCAAAUGGGAGGAUUGUCUUUGAGCGUGGAAGGUCAAGGUAAUGACUGGUUUCUCUACUGGACUGCUGAUUGUGUUGGACAUGAAGGUUCAAAAACACCAUUUUCUUUUGCCAAAGGAAGUGACAUAGUAGCUCAAAGCCAAGCUGAUGUCUGCCGCCUACGAUUUAACAGCACAAUGGUAGCAAAACUUUUGGCCAUUAAUCAACACAUCAAUGUACCUGGCCAUCCUAUUUAUUCCUCUGACAGACGAUAUUCAACUGAAUAUAAUAACUCCAAACUGAUGAUCGAUGAAGCAGGGCAGUAUCUUGCGUCUCACCCAGAUUUUUGGAACUUAUUUGGUGCUCAAGAAGAUUUAUUGAAACAAACUAACAGGGAUGCAUACACAGAAGACGAAGUUAAGCCAAAUGACAGACAACCUGUCCCAUAUGGGAAUCCCACUUUUAAAGAAGAUCAAACCAAAGUCCCUUUGUCUGGUAGAGGCAGAAGUGGGAAAGACAGAGAACCUGAUGAGGUGGGAGAGGCUGGUUACUCACCCAUGCAAAUGCACCAGACUGGAAAGCACCAGAAACCAUACAGCAGUAGACCUGGCUCAGAAAUGCAAGAUUGGCGGCUGGAUGAAGCUUCGAAAAGUUUUGGUUCUUUAUAUGAGCCCCGUACUUCGGACAAUUUAGAUACAGACUAUGAAGCUCCUAUAUUGUCAAAUGUUGACCCUUCUCUGCAAAUGGAUGGUGUACUCAAUCGCUAUCUGGCAGAUGGUGGAAAUGAGCAAGGAGGAGCACCCAGGCCUCAAUCCAAUUUUGGCAAUAUUUUCCAUGAGCAACGAAGAUCAGGAAGAAGAAGAAUAAAAAGAAGUGGGAUGGAAAAAGUUCGAAGACUGAAGAAAGAUAUGGUAAAAUCAUUCAGUGGAGACAUAAAUUUUUUGAACGUAUCUGAUGGAUCACAUAUGGUGCCAACUGGGAUUUAUCCCAUCACUUCCACAGGAACUCUUGCACCAGCUAUAUUGGGAUCUGGUAUUGAUCUGGUACUGGUUUCUUAUUGGAUCCCUCCAAGUGAUGGUGUCCAGAUUCUCACUGAGAAAGACAUCGAGUGCAUGAAACAGGGGGUUGCACGGGCAAGGGCAGCUAACGAUGACAGUGAUCAGGAGUCCUUAGAAAUGGCGGUAACUGCAGAGUGCCUGUACCAACGAUUUGCUUCAAUGACAGCACAGGAUUCAUCGACACCCAAUGAUGGACGACGAUUAGAACCUCACCCAGGUUUUAUACCAAAGGUUAAUCUUAGAGCUACUUCUUCCUACAAAGCACUUAACUUACGAUUAGGGCAGCUUACUGUUUAUCGGUUCAACCUGCAAUGUAAAUGCAGAGGUGAACCAGAAUCUUGUGCUAAAAUUCUCCCAUUCAGUCAGCAAAGCUGGCCCUCAUUCAUGGGCCGUGAUGGGAAAGGGUAUUUUUACCCUAAAUAAAGUCUAAAAAGAGUUAUUUUUAUUACAUAUUGCCAAUAAUGUCCUAAUUUUUUUUGUGAGUUGUCAUUAAUUUAAGGAAUCUAGAAAGUGACAGGAUAGAAUUUUUGGCAGAAUCAAUUUAUUAACUUCCAAAUUUAGCAGUAUUGAGUUUCCUCUCUUUUUGACUCUGCAUAUCUCAGCACCUGUGCCUUAUUCAUUAGUUAUAAAGCUUAUUUUUUCGUUUUACUGUUUUUGAUUGUAAGGUGGGAUGUUUGACUUGAUACGGGUGUAAAUAACCAUGUAGCCUCAGGCCUAUUCAUCGUUAUAGAAAUAAGAAUAAUCCCUGUUUGUGUGUAAGAUGAAAGUAGAUUAGGUCAUCAGGAACAUAUUUGCGAGACUUUAUGCCAAACCUUCCAUGUGAUAAGUUCUCUUCGAUUGUUUUCACUUAUCCAUCCUCAUAACAUUAAUAUAUUUUUACUAUUAAUAUAUCAAGGGUAUGCACUGUUCUCUAAGGAGACUUUUGGCAUAAAGGCACAGAUAGCAGUUCUAUUUUUAAAGUAUCAUAUCUAAACUGUUUCACUAGAAAUGAUUUGGUUUGUCACCUUUGGGCUAAUAUUUACCAUUGGAAAAUGUAAUAGGCACUUUUCAAGCUUUUAUUUGGAAUUUCAGCAUCUAUGGAAAGCAUUCUACAUUCUUGACUCCUAAAAUAAUUGCAGUAGAAUGAUUGCUCAUGGGAUUGAGUAGUUGGAAUAAGUCUGAUAGGUACAUUUAACUUUUUCUACUGGCAAUGAGAUUUCAAAAUAACUUCAAUAAUUUGUUUUGCUUGCCUACCUAGUUGUUUUGAUGACAAUAUUGCUUUCUACUAAAGUCAUCCCCUGCCAGCACUACUUGCAUACACUUGGGUGCAUUGAAGCUGUGUAAUCCUCAGUUUUCCUUUCUGGAAGUUGGGGAAAAAUAAACUUUUUGUAAAAGAUGUAAAUAAAAUUUAUUGUCUCCUCUCGUGAUUAAAAUAGAUGUUUGUUUGA